GGUCGAUGUUACAUCGUGUAUUCUUUCCCACGAUAUAUUUCUUUCGAAAAGACGAUAGUUAUUCGAGUUUCAUAAUUCCCGCUCAACCAGUUAUAAUAUUAUUCAAGACGGGCGUGGACCGGUGGCUGCUAUAGUUUCUGUGGCAACAAUCCGGUGUUGGCAGAUUCGGCGCAGUAGCAACUCGUUUCUAUUGCUCCCUCUACAUCACGAUGAUAACCCUUUUAAUGAUCUUCCUCGGCAUAUUUCUCGUAUUUCUUGUCUACAUCUUUCGUAAAAAUCGCAAAACGUAUCGACUUCCACCGGGACCAUUCGGUAUUCCACUGUUUGGUUAUUUACCAUGGAUAAAUUCGAAACGUCCUCAUGUGUCGCUCACGGAAUUGGCGAGGAAGUAUGGUCCGAUUUGUGGGCUACGAAUGGGUUCUGUGUACACCGUAUUGUUAUCGGAUCCGCAGCUGGUAAGGCAGGCCUUAGCCAAGGAUGCGUUUGCCGGCCGGGCUCCAUUAUACUUGACACAUGGAAUUAUGCAGGGAUAUGGCCUCAUUUGCGCCGAGGGUAACCUUUGGAAAGACCAAAGAAGAUUUGUAGCCGGAUGCCUAAAGAAUUUCGGUAUGACGAAGUUACCCGGCACCAAGAGAAACAGACUGGAGGAAAGGAUUCUUGCGACCGUGAACGAGUGCACGUCGAAACUAAAAAAACUUACUAUGGAAAAUGGUAUUGAUCCAUGCGAGACGCUUCAUCAUUACGUGGGUAAUAUGAUAAAUGACCUCGUGUUUGGUAAAGUUUACAAGGAAGACGACGAGGUAUGGAAAUGGCUGAGACACUUGCAAGAGGAAGGAGUCAAGCAUAUUGGAAUUGCAGGGCCGCUCAACUUUUUGCCGUUCUUCAGAUUUUUACCACGAUAUGGCAAAGUAAUGGAAUCACUUAUCGAUGGCAAGCUAAAAACACAUAAACAAUAUCAAAUGAUUAUCGACGAGUAUCGUGCUCAACCAGAGAAAACGGAUAAUUUCCUUGCGGCUUUCGACGAGGCAAUGAAUACCAAUGCGAAUAAUGAACACUUUACACAACAGCAAUUUUAUCAUCUACUAGCCGACCUUUAUGGUGCAGGCGUCGAUACUACUCUUACAACUUUUCGUUGGUUCCUCCUGUUCAUGGCAGCAUAUCCGGACGAACAAAAAAAAAUUCAGGAUGAAAUGAACGAGCUGUUGGGACAAAAGAUACCUACUCUGGAGGACAGGCUAAUCUUAACUCGAUUGGAGGCAGCCAUCGCGGAAACUCAAUUUCUUCAAAAUAAAAUUUGAAAUAAACUCAAAACGAUUUGCAUUCAGGAUACACAAAUAGGCGAUUACGACAUACCAAAAGGCACCAUGGUUAUUCCAUUUCAAUGGGCUAUUCAUACAGACCCUUUGUACUGGCACGAUCCGCUCUCGUUUAAACCCGGGAGAUUUAUUGUUGAAGACGGAAGCCUCACCAAACCGAAAGCCUUUCUACCGUAUCAAGCAGGUAAACGUAUGUGCGUCGGUGAUGAAUUGGCAAAGAUGAUAUUAUUUCUGUUCGGCGCAAGAUUUCUUCAUUCAUUUGUUAUCUCCGUACCAUCCGGUAUGCGCCUUGAUCUGGAAGGCGAGUGCGGAAUUACCCUGUUUCCGAAACCACAUCGUUUGGUUUUUACACCACGAGAAUAAGUUUACAUAUAUAUCUGUGUAACGAUAUUAUUUUUAUAUGUGUGACAUCAUU